AAAGAAGGGUCUCCUUCGUUUCGUCUUGUUUUCCGCUGGAGCUGGGAUACGCCCUACAGAGUCACUCUGUGAUUAGUUGCCACCGGCGGCGGAGACGGGCAGCGACCGUGCGCGUUACUGAGACGACGUCGUAGCCAUCGUCCGUUUCGCAAUACAAGAACCUAGAAAGUUCCCGGCGCUGAAUCGAAAACAUGGAGCAGUCCCCUCCUCCUACUUCUCAGCAAACUCAAUCUUAUGCCGCGGCGUCGUCGUCAUCCGACGAAGAGAUAGACUACAGCGUGAAGCCAGAGUUCUACGACCCGAAGCUCGACGAGAGGGAUGAAGCUUGGGUUGGGAAACAGAGGCAAGGCAACCGCCGUUCCGACGCCGUUCUGAGCUGCCCUGCCUGUUUCACCACCGUCUCCCUCCAAUCCCAGAGGCACGAAAGGUACGUGACACAGUAUAGAGCCGUAGCUGUUAUGAACUGCAAUGUCGAGAGUCAGGGCGAUCAUAUGGCAGUGGAUGGAACAGAAGAAGGAGGAGGAAGCGGUAAGCCUGCCAGCAGAGUUGGAAGCAGGGGAAGAAGCAGCGAAGGAAAUGGUUCAGCAAGUUCAGUGGACCGAGUUGGGUGCUCGGUUUGUGAUACACAGGUUGGGGUGAGGGACGAGGAGGAGGUGUACCACUUCUUCAACGUCAUCCCAAGUGAAACUUAGGGAAGACGACUACUCUUGGCCAAUUCGUUUGAACCAGAAAAACAUCAUUCUGAACAAGUUAGUUUGAGUUGUCCUCCAUGACUUUACUUGGCUCUGGAGGAAUGUUAGAUUCCCGCUGAUGAAUUACUGGUAUUGCUAAUCUGGAAACCAGCAACUGCUUCUGUGGUCAUUUUUAGAAAUGUGUUUUGAUCUUGAGCGUCUGAUUUUGCAUUUGAUUAGAUUAUUAUUUACGCAGACGUAUGUGUAAAAGAACU